GCGCCCUGGAACUGACAUACAUAGCAAUCUGAAUGCGCUCGGGCAAGGGAAAUAAUGAUCAAUAAAAUGAAAGACGACGAGCGAACCCUAGUCUCGUUGUGUGGGCUUCGUGGCCAUCCCAGCCUGCGCAGAAGAAUGUGCCGUCCAAAUCAUUGUUACGCCAGGAAUGCACGGUCGACCCAAUCAACGUGCUCUUCCCCAGCUUCUCAUGCACGCUAUCACUGUCCGCUCCUGCGUCGCUGCUUUUGGGGCAGCUGUUGGGCUCGGGCGAGGUGUGAAUGCAACCAUGGUUCGGCUCCACUCAAGAGAGCUUCUCUCACGUCUCACGAGGGCAGGACGGGACCGUCUCUAUAUCUGGGGUUGCCCGAGAUCCUCACAAAGGAGUAAAAAUUUAGUGAAAAAUCCUGUCGGCCUUCGCCUAUUCGUGCCGAACUGUCCCUGGCUUGAGAGUCUGCGCCUUCCUACAUAAUUGCCGGCCGAUCCCCAGGCAACUCCAACAUAGUUACCACCAUCUCGGCUCU